AGAGUGUAGACAUGAGCGAGAGAUGUCAUGUUUGUUAUGGCCGUUUGUUGUUAGCGGGUUGUUUGAGUUUUUGUGUAUAGCAACAUUGAAUUCAUUAGGCGUGUUAUUUCAGGUGGUUUUUGUGUGUCACUCAGUAGACGGCGUAAUUUGUUAAACGCAAUGCUAUAACUGCUUUGUAAAGCUACGUAUAUGAGGGCCAGGCUUGUUCAGGACAAUUAUUGCGGGAAAAGGACGAUGAUGUUAAGAACGUAUACACUGCCUGUGCGAUAUGUUUGUGUGACCGGUUCAUAAAUAGAAAAACUACUUACAGCCACCUGGAGACAAAUAUUAUUCUUUUAACGAGAAUUUACUUAACGUGCAGGCAGCUACCGUUGUGCUGAUUUGCGGUUAUUGUUACCUAAUUGACUUAUUUGACAUCUUGUCCGAAUUGAAAAAGGUUAUACUAGCUUCAUCUGUAUAGAUCAGAAUGCCACCUCAACGCAAAUUAACGCCGCCUGCACUGGAGGAGCUGUGCAUGAGUUUAAUUUUAAGUCACCUAGAACAAGAAAUAAACCUUGUUCAGCAUAUUCGAACAUAUCAGACAACCUCUUUAAUUUUACGCAGGCGGGGCAUCGAGGCAGAAGCCUUACAAGCGGAACUUGCUGCCCAGUUUGAUUCCUUGCCACCUUUGAUGGGUGAAAUUGUGCGUCAGAGUAUCACAAACAGGUUAUUCAAAAAUGCAUCCAUUACUGGAGAGCCUCGCAUUCUUGUUGGGAUGCUGGAUGUCAUACUAAAUAAAGAUGUACGUAACUUGAACCUAUCUGAUCCAAAAAUACGGCUAAGCAGAAAGUUAUGGCCAAUUAUUCUGAAGAAAUGUACAGGUUUGGAAAGGUUUGAAUUAGGGGCAAACAUGCUCACAACAAAAAAAUUGCCAUCUUUUCAGUCAUUUGUCAGCUCACUUGCAAAAUCAUGUCCAUAUCUGACAGAACUGAUUCUGAAGGAGGCUGUUAUAGGGUCAGGGGCAUUGUCCACUAUUGGAUAUAGGUGUCAGAACCUACGUGUGCUUGAUAUUUCGGGCUCAAAAGUCACAUGCAUUGAUAUGCUGCACCUGUGCCUGCCAUUAUCACACUAUACACAACCUCUGGACAGCCUUCUGGAGAAAACAGAAUUUGCUAACAAGCACGCACUCUGCAAGACAAUGGAGAUUCUUUGUCUUGGCAAUACACAAGUAAAAGUAAAAGGUGCAGCUUUUGUUCUACGAGUUCUGCCUUAUCUUACGUCACUGGGGAAUUUCGUGUUCACAGCAGCUGGUUUGAAAAGGAUAUACGGGAUAAAGACCCGACCAAAAGUUGGUUCAUUCCUGAAACAGGUAUUUUACAGAGGCCCUUCAAAUGUAAAAUUGAAAGUAAUUGCAAACUGCUGCCCAAACCUGGAAAACUUGUUCCUGGGCUCAGAGUUUGAACGACGUGUGGAAUAUCAAGUUUGGAAUGCAUUUGAGAAAGUACGCACAUUAACACUUGAAAAUAUUAUUGCUGAAGACAUUACAGCAGGAAUGAAGCAUUUCUCUCAGCUUGUUGAACUGCAGCUUGCCAGUGGUGGUGUUGAUUUGGGAUUAGUAGCACAGUGUUGCCCACUGCUUGAAAAGCUAACAGUUACUGCAGAGCCACUAAGGGCUUGUACUAUACGUGUCAGCCCUAUAUUUCCAAAACUUAAAGAUAUUAAGGUUACCUGUCCCGUCUCCUUGGAGUGUGGAUCAGUGCUUCUUAGGUCCCAGAAUGUUACCCAUAUUGACAUUGUUCGCAUAAGGGAUCUCACAGAUUCCAUCUUUUCCUUGUGGCUGCGGCGAAAUCCAAUGACUUACUUGAAGACACUACUUCUGGGAUACGUGGAACUGACAAGAAAGAGUGCAGAACUGCUACUGGAUACUUGCCCACAAUUGACAAGGCUUGGUUAUCUUGGCAGUUGGGACAUUAGAUCCUGGGAAUGUAGACGACUUAAAGAACGAGUUGUGCAGGAGAAUUAUGAUGUCCACCUGCUUCUGUACUCACGGAGUGGAAUCAGUGAAACUUGAAGAGGAUGCAAGGAUUCUGCUGGCCCCAAUAAGAAAUUCCUUGUUAUGCCAUCAUUGUGACACACUUUCCAUUAUUGUUUUUCUGUGAGGAAAUAAAACUCUGUUACCUACCACAUUUAUGGUGUCCUUUCCUUCUAAGUUAUUUAAGUGAUUCUUACAAGAAUAAUCUCAAUUAUCUGCUAAAAGUAAUAAUUACAAGGCCAAGAGAGCACAGUACUCACAUUUAAGACAAAGUACUACUUUAUCAAAGGUGCAUCCUCCUCCCCCCCCCCCCCCCUCCUCCUCCCUGCGCGUGCACGUGCUCGCGCGCACGCGUGCACACACACACACACACACACACACACACACACACACACACACACACACACACACACACACGCUUUAUGUAUAGAACCAAGAUGUUACUGAGAAGCAACUAUGAUGAGUGGAGAAAGAAGGGGAAGAAAAUGAGCCAGAAACUUGACAGCUUAGGUUCUACAUAUCUAAACUUGUAGCUGAACACAAACCACCUAUCCAAUUUGUAGGUGACGUGACUCAUUGUCCUCAUCACAUAAACUUUAUGUUUUACUGAUGACUUUCCAUUAUCCACUGAUAAGAAGUUUGCAUGCAAUCGUAGUUUGGCCACCUUCCUUCAUGUGUCACUCAGUGUAUCUCAGAUAUUUGAUAUACUAGAAUUUGCCAAUUUGUUUGUAAAGAUUCACUAAUUGUUAUCAUAUUCACAGAAUUAUUUUAAAUAUUUGUGACUUUCUACAGUUCUACAGCCAGGAAACUACAGCAAGAAUUGAUAUCAGGCAAAAUUACUACUUGCAUUUUCCAUUUAAAAAAAGUAUAGUAAAAAAUUAUACAAUCUUAAUCAUAUGCUUUGCUUUAUGAUGUUCCUUGUCCAUUUUAACUAUGUUGUGUGGAGCAUUUUACAAUGCAGCAGUAGCAUAUAAUUACUCACUUGAGAGACUGAACUGCAAUCAGCACAAAGAGCAGUAGGAAUUCUUGUAUCAUGCUCCUCAUGAAUCUACAGAACAGAACAUAGAUAAAUUGCCACUGCAAGGCUACCUUCAUUUUGCCCUCCCAUCUAAUGACUAUUAUUUCCUUACAUGUUCUUUCACUUUCUAAUUUGUAAUUGUUUGCUAUCUACAAAGUUAUGCUAAUGCAUCUUGUUACACAUAGUAAUAUAUUGUUCUGGGAGUACAAUUUACCUAGAAAUGAAGAACAUUGUAAUCUACAAUUUAACCCAGUCUUUAUUACUUUUUAGUCUCAAUAUGUAUUCAACAGAUUUCAUACUAGACAAAAUUUUAUCUGUCUUUUACUGCAGUACACUUCUGAAUCUUUAACUUUAGGUAAAGUGUUUAAUUAAAACAAUUUAAAUUUGUUAUAGUAAUAAAUGUUGAACAAAAAUUGCUAUCAUGAUGCAUGUUAAGAAAAUUUAGCGACAUUUUAA